AUGAGUGCUCACGUGGAAGAAAACUGCAAGAAAAGCAAUUCUGCCCAGGAAAUGUCUGCAGAAGGAAAUGUCUCUGCUAUUAAGGACUGCUCAACAACACAAAAACAAUUAUGGAUAAAGUCUGAGAAAAAAAUACAUGAUUCUGCCUCUCACAAGAUCACUUUCAAACUCCACGCCGCUGUACCAGAGUCAUGUAUUCAGAGUCGUGGUCCUUCCCUCUCCUGUCAGGAUGCAUAGUUGCAACAACUUGAGAAACAAUUAAAAUGCUUAGCCUUUCAAAAUCCAGGACCUCAAGUAGCUGACUUCAAUCCGGAAACUAGGGAGCAGAAAAAGAAAGCGUGCAUGUCACAGAUGAAACGAGAUUUUUUUAAUAAGCCCAAAAAUACGAAGAAAUAUGACAAACAUGGCAGGCUGCUUUGUAAUAAUAUCGAUUUAUGUGACUGCCUGGAAAAGAACUGCCUGGGUUGCUUCUAUCCUUGCCCGAAAUGCAAUUCAAACAAAUGUGGAUUAAAAUGUCGCUGCAAUAGGAGAUGGGUUUAUGAUAGGAUUGAGACUGAAGCUGGGAAUGUGAUCAGCGUGUUGCCAUUUUUUGUCCCUGACUGA